CGGGGGCGUCCCGGCCGCGACGCGACCAUGACUCUGGAGUCCAUGAUGGCCUGUUGCCUGAGCGACGAGGUGAAGGAGUCGAAGCGCAUCAACGCCGAGAUCGAGAAGCAGCUGCGGAGGGACAAGCGCGACGCGCGCCGCGAGCUGAAGCUGCUGCUGCUGGGCACUGGGGAGAGUGGGAAAAGCACGUUCAUUAAGCAAAUGCGUAUAAUUCAUGGCUCAGGCUACUCUGAAGAGGACAAAAAAGGCUUCACCAAGCUGGUGUACCAAAACAUCUUCACUGCCAUGCAGUCUAUGAUAAGAGCCAUGGAAACGCUGAAGAUUCUGUACAAAUAUGAACAGAACAAGGCCAAUGCAGUGCUGAUCCGAGAAGUGGAUGUAGAAAAGGUCAUGACAUUUGAGCAGCCAUAUGUAAGUGCAAUUAAAACAUUGUGGAAUGACCCUGGAAUACAAGAGUGUUAUGACAGGAGAAGAGAAUAUCAACUUUCUGACUCAGCUAAAUACUAUCUCAGCGAUGUGGAUCGUAUUGCUACCCCAGGAUAUCUACCAACUCAGCAAGAUGUGCUACGGGUUAGAGUCCCUACAACCGGGAUCAUAGAGUACCCCUUUGACCUAGAGAAUAUUAUCUUCAGAAUGGUGGAUGUUGGAGGUCAAAGAUCAGAACGAAGGAAGUGGAUCCAUUGCUUUGAAAAUGUGACUUCCAUCAUGUUUUUAGUAGCACUUAGUGAAUAUGACCAAGUUCUGGUGGAAUCGGAUAAUGAGAACCGGAUGGAAGAGAGUAAAGCUCUCUUUCGAACCAUUAUAACUUAUCCAUGGUUCCAAAACUCUUCUGUUAUCCUCUUUCUCAACAAGAAAGAUUUGUUGGAAGACAAGAUCCUGUAUUCCCACCUUGUUGACUAUUUCCCAGAGUUUGAUGGCCCACAGAGGGAUGCACAGGCAGCCCGUGAGUUCAUCCUCAAGAUGUUUGUGGAUUUAAAUCCCGACAGUGAUAAAAUCAUCUAUUCCCAUUUCACAUGUGCCACAGACACAGAAAACAUCCGUUUCGUCUUUGCAGCUGUCAAGGACACCAUCCUACAGCUCAACCUGAAGGAGUAUAACCUGGUUUGACCUGCUCUACUCUUGCCCCUUGAGAGGCUUCUUUGUGAAGAAAAGACAAAAAAAUGAAAUUUUAAAUAUGACAGGAAAAAAAAAAAAGUUUUAAUUUUUGAUGAUGUAAUGAUUGCAAAUUGUCUGAUCUGUGGAGUGGCAAGUGCUCGGUGUUAUCCUGGAGUCUCAUGUCUCUGUCCACAGAGUAGUUGAUUUCAUAUUUUUAACAAAUUGCUUUUAUGUCACAGUUAACGGGGAUAUGCCUCAUUUCUUCAGCACCUUGCUUACUUCUUAAUUUUUGCCAAGCAGCUAAGGCAGCCUCAUCUUGAUCUUUCCUUUGUUGCUAAGCCACGUUUUUGGUUUUUUUUUUUUUCCCCCUUUCAUUCCCAUGGUAUAUGUAGAAAAAAACAAAAAUCCCCAACACUUUCCAGCUGAGAUUGUGAAUUCACUGGACUGUGGGAGUGCAGAAUGCUACUGGUCCCUUUGCCUUGUGCUAUAGGGUGCCUCUGGUGUAAUUUGCUUAUCCUGCUUCCUUCCCCUCCUUCUUUCCCUUCCCUUCCCCAGGACACGCUCCAUGGUUCACUGUGAUGAAAUGUUGGGGAGGAGCGAUUGCUCUCCAACUGUUGAGCAAAAAAAAAAAAAGAAAAAGGCAAAACAAACAAACAAAAAGAAGCCAUCACUUUUCCAUUCUUUAUAUGUUCUGAGUAAUUUUUUGUUAUCAAUUAUAAAAGGUAUGGAGACUGUGAUUUUUUUUUUAAAUUAUUGAUGUUCUAUACAUAGUUUGCUAUGUGUUGCUGUAUUUUGUUCAUGGACUACAAAUGAUGGAAGCUCUUGGAGCAAUAGCUGCUGAGCCUGGGGAAGUGCCUGACUGUAAUUGUUCUUUUUUUUUUAAUUUUUUAAUUUUUAUUUCUUCUUUUUUUUUUUUCCACACACAUAAACACAUCCCACCCACACCACAGCGCGUGGCCGUGUGCGCACAAGGCUCAGUCUGCAGAGAGGAACUGUUUUAUUGGGUAGAGUUUUUGACAUCAAUGAGCAACCUCUAUGCAGCAGUUACCAAAAGCACACUGAGUGGUUGUGGCAUUUGAACAUCAGACUUUGCCUGGAUUGAAAACCUUAGUCUUGUGCCAUCCUCUAGGUCUUUUCUUGCUGCCUAGUAGCAAUCAAGCCUUGUUUUAUUGCAUUUUGUGCCAGUGUGUGAAUGACUUUAAGAAUUCCUCAGCCUUGUCCAGCUUGCAGAGUUUCAGAGAGGACCAGAGCUGGAGGAUGACAGGGUCUGGUAGGAUUCUUACUUGGGGAGAUUGAGGAUAACUCUUGGAGGGAGCAGCAGUUCUUUCUCUCCUGUUCAUGCAUUCCCCUGAGGCACUCUCUGCUGUGUCCCUCUUUGGAGGAGUGUGGGAUCCUCUUUGGAAGACUUGCACACAUCCUUGCUGCAGGGUGCCUGUGGUCAUUGUGUUAGCAGUGGUUAAUUGUGAGCAGUGGCUGCUGCAGAAUCCAGACAGCCCUGCCCUGGCUGCACUUGGUGCAGCAGGAGAGGAGAAGAAAGGCAGCAGCACUUGCUGGAAGGCAGAAUGGAUGUGGUUCUGGAUUCUGAGCACCACCUGAAUCUCCACUGAGCAGGAGGAGAUGAAGCCUUUGCACAUAGGAGAGCUUUAUUUUCCAGGAGCUGAGGCAAGUCAAGGUGCUGAAGGGCUGCUGCCAGCCUGGGAGAAAGAAGUGCAUUGGCAAGGCAGGGAGAGAGAGAGUGGGAAGCAGGAGAUGUGAGCCACACCUGCACGUGUGUCAGUCAGCCAUCACUGAUGCUUCUGUUUCAAUUCCAACGAGUAGCAUUGGGUCCAAAUUCUCUGGAUCAACCAGAUUGCCCCCUUGAAGGCUGCCAGUAGAAAAAAGACAAAACGAGCUGCACUGUUGAAGGGGGCUGUUGAUAUUUUGUCUCUUUUGUAGACAGAGCACUACAUCAGUGUUUUGCACAACGUUGUAAGAGUAAAUCUAACUAUCUGAGAUGCUUAAGAUGCUUUGAUCUAGAACACUAAACUAUGGAGGGACAUAAUUUUGAAUAAUUCUAUUGAUAGGUCCCUCAUUUUCCAGAGUAGCCGAGCGAAGCUUCUGUGUGCUCAGAGCACUACAGAGCAAAUCAAGCUCAGCUCCAAGUGAUUACAGAGCUCAAGUUGGAACAGUAGACAUGGGACCAACAGUUGAAGAGCCAGUCUGAGUGGUGAUGCUGAGGGAAACAUAGCAUCUCUUUUAGACUAGCCGUGCUCUGGACUGCAUUUAACCCUUGGGAGGAAUGAGAGGGAUUCCCAUGUGUCAGACAGCUUUGCAUCAAUUUUACUGCUUUUUUUUUUUUUUUUCGUCUUUAUGCCAAAUUGAUCCAGUUUGUAGAAAUUGUCUUAUAAAGAGGAAUUUAUAAUCAUGUAUUCUAAGUGCUGUUCCUCUGAAGCAGACGGCAGCACCAGCCUCUUCCGCUUCUGUGAUCCUUUUGUAAAUGGUUCACACUACAGCUGUUGCCAGCAAUGAGCCUGGCACUGAGAUACACAGGUUCUUGGAAAGUAACUUCCCAGAAGUUUCUCUUUUCCAAGGUGAAUGAUGGUGGUACUUCCACUUGAAUCAGAAACUUUUUUCGUCUUGUUUUGUACCUUCCCCUUUCUUUAAGAGCUGCUGCCCUGGCACAGGAGGAGGGAUCUUGGCAUCUGUCUCUUGCAGAGUGACUCUGCAUCGUGGCAGGCACCUGUGGCAGGCUGUGGGCACAAGGAUUUAGGGAAUGUGCUGUACCUUGUGGGGCACCUGCUUGGGGUAGCUGUUGGCCUGAGAACUGGCUCGGGGUGGGGAGGGAAGGGCUGAGCAUUGCUCAGUGGCUCUCAGUGGUUCCUGAAGCCUCCUCCUGGCUUGGGGUAGGAAUGGGUCAGACCUGUACACAUCACCUGGAGCUGUCUGUGACUGUAUCAUGUGAGAAGAUACCAGUGUUAGCACGUGCUUUCCUUAGUAAGCAGCUGCUUGUGUGCCUCCAGCUUGGCCAGUGAAGUGUUCCUGCAGAACUGGCUCCUGUCUCUGUUGGCUGGCGAACGCCUGCCCUUGCAAAAGUGCCAAACCUUAAAACCAAAUUUGCCUGUAUCAACUUUCUGAAAGUGAGGCCUGUCAGAAUCCUCUGCAGGUUGAGAGUGACUUUCAGAAGAGAGGUAAAAUUGGGUUGUUGUAGGGAAUCUAGAGUCUGAGGAGUUAGUCUCCUUGCUAACCUCUGCUCCUUGUGCACUUUUAAUCUUUGUUCUGUUGAAGAAACCAACACACUUUGAACUAGUUUGAAACUUGAAGUCAGUGAGCAGAGGACCAUCCCUUUUCCUUGCACCAUUCCAUGUGGAUUGGCUACCUGGUGAGCAAAAGCCCCUUCCAGCUGCAGCGUGUCAGCUCCUGCCCUUCCUGCCUCCCCCUUCUCCUCGAGUUGGAUUCUUUGGUCUCUUGUUGUUGCUUCCUAGCAAUGUUGGCCUUGCGUUCAAUUAUGGUUUUUCUUCAUGUGUUUUAUUGGUUUAAAAAAAAAAAAAAGACAAAAAAAUAAUUUAAAAAAAAGGAAAAAAAAAAAAAAAAAAAGUACUUCCGGAGUGUGCUGACCAUUGUAUUGUCCUGUACAGAGCCCAGGUCGUUAGAGUCCAGCAGAGAUAAAGUGUGUUAUGCAGCACCCAGUUUUUUAAGAGUAUGGUUUGUGCCAAUGCCCCUUCUUUAGUAGUGCCAGAGACUCUUUACAAGUGCCAAUGUGGUGGAAAUUAUUUGGUUAUACUUGUAUAUUAUAGGAUCCUGAUUUAAGACAAUUUAAACAUUAUCCUAUUUAAAAAGAAUACUAUAUAAAAUGCUGUUUUUAAACCUUGUCAUUUGCAAUGCAUGUAUUGUUGUGCGUGUUGGGGGGCGGGGAGGGAAGAGGGUAGGGUAAAGGAGUUUCUGAAUAAGAUGCCCACUGUCAGGAUCUAUUCAGACUCCAAACUGUCUCAUUCCAGUCCAGGAGUGUGAUUGUUUCUUGGAAUGAUCCCACUCUGACUGCUGGGCAACACGCUUAUUACAGAAAUAUCUGAUGGAAAUUGAUUUUCAUAUCUUUCUCCUGAAAUAAACUCUCUGUUUGAAAUUGGAAUAAAUUUUGUUCCUAAAAGCC